AUGAAUAUUUUCAAUUUUGAAGUACCUGACCUAGAGCCGCAUGAAAUAACACUUCCUGACGAUAACUCACCAUGGAAUGAUUAUGAAUUGAAUUAUAAGCACAAUAUGAUGGAAAAAUAUAUUCAUUAUUCAAUAGCUGAUUUAUCUUCAGUUAGGAUAACAGGAAGAAGAUUUUCAAGUGAAGUUGAAACAAAAUCAAUCAUUGAAAAAGUGGUGAAAGCUGUGACCAACAAUCAAGAGGGACAAAACCAAAGCCAAAGAACCUUAUUCUUCACUGGAUAUGAAGAUUCAUUCAUUCAACUUCCAUUGAGAUACUAUAGAAUUGACUAUAGACCAGUCAUGAAAUUGAUUAAAAAGUGA